GGGCCGCGGCCGCUCCUGGGCCGUCCGGGCGCGCUACGCGUAGUGUCGUGGCGUGCGCCUCCCACGGUGCGCCUGGCCGCCGAUGCCCAGGCUGCACGACCACGUCUGGAGCUACCCAAGCGCCGGCGCUGCGAGGCCGUACAGCAUCCCGCGAGGCAUGAUUGCGGCGGCCGGCUGUCCGCAGGGCCUCGGAGCCCCCGAGCCGGUGCCCCGGGGCCAGCGAGCGGGAACGACGGGAUGCAGUGCGCGGCCAGGCAGCUGGCAUCACGACUUGGUGCAGCGGAGCCUCGUGCUCUUUUCGUUCGGCGUGGUCCUGGCUCUGGUGCUCAACCUGCUGCAGAUCCAGCGGAAUGUCACGCUCUUCCCCGACGAGGUGAUCGCCACCAUCUUCUCCUCCGCCUGGUGGGUGCCCCCGUGCUGUGGUACAGCCGCCGCUGUUGUCGGCUUACUGUACCCCUGCAUUGACAGUCAUCUGGGAGAACCACACAAGUUCAAGAGAGAGUGGGCCAGCGUCAUGCGCUGUAUCGCGGUGUUCGUUGGCAUCAACCACGCCAGUGCCAAACUGGAUUUUGCCAAUAACGUCCAACUGUCUUUGACUUUAGCAGCCCUUUCUUUGGGCCUGUGGUGGACGUUUGAUCGCUCUCGAAGCGGCCUUGGGCUUGGGAUCACCAUCGCCUUCCUAGCUACACUGAUCACUCAGUUUCUUGUGUAUAAUGGUGUCUACCAGUACACAUCUCCAGAUUUCCUCUAUAUUCGUUCUUGGCUCCCAUGUAUAUUUUUCUCAGGAGGCGUCACAGUGGGAAACAUAGGACGACAGUUAGCUAUGGGUGUUCCGGAAAAGCCUCACAGUGACUGAGCUUUAGCACGCGGUUCAGAGCGGAAGCAGGAUGCGGAGACACUGGUCCUGGGUGUGAUGAAGACGAUCUUUUCCUUGAUGCUCCAUUUAGACUGGGCUGACGAUAAGUGACUCCUGAGGAAGUGUUCCUUUAGUCUAGACUAGCAGAUGGAGGCAAGGACUACUUACCGAAGAGUCUGACUUGCUCACCACCCUCACACCUGUCUGCACCUGGAACAUUCCAUCCUAGGCUGUAUGUGAGUGUGGGGUAGGGGGCCAGUUUCCUGAGUAUUAGAUUUCAUUCAUCAUUCAAAGCAAAAUGCCAUAUUUCAAAGCCUUGAAUCAAAAUGAAUUACAAACUAGCAGUUUUGUGUCAGUGCCCAAAGGUUGACGGUGCUUAACAGAUAAGGUGUCUGCAGUAAGAACAUUUACCCAGCAUUGAACUGGAGGGUUUUGUAAAGAGCAGCAGGGAGUAGUAGUUCCCUGUAGUUCCCAGUGCAGCCACGUCUCCAGGUCACGCUCAGGCAGGCACUCACAUGGAGGUCUCAGCAGUGUGAGAACUAUGCUUUUUCACUGCCAGGAGGUUUGUAGACAAUCGUACUGAAAGCCAAGAGCAGCACAAAGUCAGGAUCCUGCACUGUGAUGCUGGACUUUUCACCUCAGUUUAAAUGAAGUUUUAUCCAAGAUCUGAACCAUCUAAGAGUGAGUAGCUGUCUGCGCUGUUGCAGUCAUAAUGAGCUGAAAUUGUGUCUCUGUCACUCCAGAGUGGAGAGGACAUUUCCACAGCCCUAUGGAGCUUGCAAUCUGUGAUUGCCUUGUAAAAGGUUGAGUGUGCACGUCGCUGCGUUGAGCACUCUGUCCUGUGUGCGUAAGAUGGCAUAGAACGCAUGGGACCUAACGUGCAAGUAUUGGGUCUUUGACUUCAAGUGCAAUGUGUAUGAAAACCAAUCUGAGCCUUGUAUUCUCUUCAAUAUUUAUUUUAUUUUAUUUUUUACCGCGUGAGCUGUUCCAGAGAAGGGUUCUCGGGUCAUUUAAGAGCUGCGUGAAGGCAAGAUCAGCAAUACCGGUGUCAGCUGUGACUCCAUUGGUCACACCCUCCACUGCGCCGUAGUCCUCUGACAUACUCCAGUUUUGUGCAUUUAGUAAUUUUUACUUAUAAAUUUACCCUUUUUUAAAAUUCUGGAAUGUAAGUGUUUUUGGUUUGUUUUAAAUUCUGUGGAACUGACUCGAUGAAGCAGUAGUUAGUUGGUCCCGGCAGAGUGGAAGCUCGGGGCCUGUGGACAACUGGGUUUGGGUUCACUCGGCGGUUCCUCAUUGGGGUUUCUUAUUUUGUUUUGAGGAAGAUGUUGGAAUAAACCUUGGUUUUCUGAAACUACUUUGGCUAAAAGAAAAUGGGUUGCUCUGGACGUUGGAACAAUCCUUAAAAUUUCCUGGAAAUGAAAGCAAAUGACUGGUCCUUUGAAGGCAUUCUUUAGCUAACACUAAGAUUCAGUGUCUUACAGAAACCACAAGUGGCCAGACGUAAAGCAA